AUGUCUUUCCUCUUCGGCGGCGCCCCCAAGCUUUCCUCGGAACAGAAGAUUGCUGCGGCUGAGACGGAAGUUGAGAUGGUCACCGACAUGUUCAGCCGUCUCACCGAGUCCUGCAUCAAGAAGUGCAUUCCCAACGACUACCGCGAAGGCGACCUCAACAAGGGCGAGUCCGUCUGCAUUGACCGCUGUGUCGGCAAGUUCUUCGAAGUCAACAUGAAGGUCAGCGAGAAGAUGCAGGGUGAGGCGAACCAGAAGGGCGGCAUGGGUGGUUUCGGCAUGUAA